CAGUUAGCAGUUGGAUCGUGCGGCGUGUGGAACUUUCUCCUUUCAGUAAAAGAUUUACAGCCAACAGUUAAAGUUGAAGAAGUGCACGCGAGUUAUCAUAGAAAAGCAAAUAUUUCCAUUGGCAUAUAAAAUUUAUCGCAAGUCAACACGGAAGGAAAAUCCUUUCGACUUUUAUAACUUUUGCCUUUAACCGCAACUUGCAUAUUUUAAUGACUUUUUGUUGUGAAAAAGGAAGAAAAAAGAGGAAAACAAUUGAAUAAUCGCCAGUUUUUCUUACCUUGAUCUACUAAUUGCUCCAUGAGCAUUGACUGGAAUUGUUCAACUCGUUCAACAGUAAAAAGGAAGACAGAAUCGAUUGCAGUAGAAUAAAAAAAAUUAAACAGUGAAGAAGUUGUUAUCAAUAACUUGUGUGUGUUUGUAUGUGAUGCCAUAAAUUCAUGUUCUAACAAACAUAAAUUUUUCCACAUAGAAAAGUCGUUGAAGUUAUAAGAGAAAAGAAAGCAAAAGAAAAAAAAAGGAAAAUGAUUCAGUUACAUAAAAAGUGUUUGGCUUGGAUUUUAUGUGUCUCGUUUGCAUUGGCGGCGUCUGCCGUUGAUAUUGAAUCAGUCGUCAAUCUUUGUUGCAACGAAGGAAAUGAAUGGGGAUCACAACGAAAACAUUGCAACGAAUAUAAGUUCAAUCUUGACAAUAAUGUUGUACCAGCUGGCUUACACGGCUUGUGCUUAUCAACGGGGGAAAUUUGUUGCGCAAAACAACAUCGAAUUUAUCAGUGCACGGCCGGAUCUGUGGCGGCAAAAUCGAGUUCAAGUUGUGACAACACGGCUGAUAACUAUGGAACUGAAUUCUUUAAAGAUUGUUGCGAAGCUUGUAAAAUUGGUCUAGUGAUCGGUUCGACAAGCCCACAAUGUUCAACAGAUGGAUUCUCAUUUGGUAGUCCAUGGGAUGAUAUCAUCGAAGAUUGUUGUUCAGAUAUUCGCGACGGAGAUGGUGAAGAGAUUCUCGAUGACAGCAAUAUUUGUCAACAAAUCGAUAAUCUAUGCAUGCAGAUCUGUGUACCGACGGAUGGCUCAUAUAUUUGCCGAUGUCAUGAUGGCUAUGAGUUAUUGGAAGAUAAUAUAACAUGUGUUAGGAAAACAAACGUGAUUGAUAACGAAAUACCGGAGAGUUUGAACAAGACAACAGCGGAAUGUGCUGAUGGCUAUGUUAAGAAUGUCGACACAAAUGAGUGUGAAGACAUCAAUGAAUGCGACACUGGAGACGCGCAUUGUGACAUCAACAACCAAGCUUGCUUAAACACUAUUGGAUCUUAUAAAUGCUUGGACAUCAUCGCCAGUGAAAGGAUCAGCAAAUGUGAUGAAGGUUUCAGAUAUCAGGCAAGAACUGAUCAAUGUGUCGACAUCAAUGAAUGCUCUGAGGGCACGGAUGAUUGUAAUCGGAAAAUACAAUUAUGCUUGAACACGCGUGGUGGCUAUAAAUGUCAAGAUAAAAUUGGCGAUAGAUGCCUGCCAGGAUUGAAGUACAAUGUUGAAACGAAGUUAUGUGAAGACAUCAACGAGUGUGAAUUAGAUCCUGACUCUUGUGAUGACGGCUACAAGUGUGUAAACACUCCGGGAUCUUUUGACUGUAUUUUAAUCAGACGAUCCAAACCUUUAGCUCCAAUCGACCUCAACUGUGCGGAUGGUUAUCAAGUUUACAAGGAUCAGUGUAUUGAUAUCGAUGAAUGUAUGGCUGAUCGAGAAGCAUGUGAUGCGAAUCAAAUUUGUACAAAUCUGCCAGGUGGUUACAGAUGCGACUGUAAAAUUGGUUUCACUCUUGAUCCAUUGACAAAUGCGUGUGAAGACAUCAACGAAUGCCAAAUCAAUAAUCAUGAAUGCUUAGAAACACAACGAUGUGACAACACAAUCGGCAGCUAUCGCUGUAUUCGCACUCAGAGUUGUGGAACAGGAUACACUUUUAAUGCGGAAACGCUGAAAUGUGAUGACGACGAUGAAUGUGUUCUAGGUCGACACAACUGCUUUGAUCCUUAUGAAUGUCACAAUACAAAAGGAAGCUUCCGUUGUGUGCGGAAGCCAAGAACGACGACGACAGUUGCAACAACAACGACAACAACAACGUCAACCACAACACGUCGUCCUGAGAUUUAUCAGCCAUAUACGACGCCUUUCUAUACAUCACGUUAUCCCUACAAUCCGAAUCCAGAUCCCAAUUAUCCGCCUUGCAUGCCAGGCUUUGAGAGAAACAGCCUUGGAGCAUGUGUUGACAUAAACGAGUGCGAUGUGAGAAAUCCCUGCGCUCGAAGCCAGAAAUGUAUUAACACCAAUGGAGCUUACCGCUGCUUAAACUCGAUGACGUGCCAAGGCGGAUUUGAACUCAACGUAGAUGGAAGUCAGUGUGUUGAUAUCGACGAGUGUGCAUCACGUGAACCAAUUUGUGGCCCACAACAAACAUGCAAAAACAAACCUGGCGGUUAUGCUUGCGUUUGCCCACCUGGUUUCGUGUCAACAAAUAAUCGCGAUUGCCAAGAUAUAAACGAAUGCGAGUUUUACAAAGACCGUCGGCCAUGUCCAUCAAAUGCUGAAUGUAUAAACAGCAUUGGAUCGUAUCGAUGCCAUUGCAAAAGUGGAUUUAAAAAUGAAGCAAACGAUGACAGAAAAUGCGUUGAUGUUGAUGAAUGUCAAGAGUAUCCUGGAUUGUGUCAACAUCGGUGCAUAAAUUAUUGGGGCUCUUAUAAAUGUGGAUGCGACGCUGGUUUCAAAUUGAGUCUCAACAACAGAACUUGUGAUGACAUCGAUGAAUGCGAAAUUCACAAAACUUACAAACUUUGUGUUGGAAUUUGUGAAAAUGUUCCCGGUUCGUAUCGUUGUGCAUGUCCAGAAGGUUAUCGACUUGGAGCUGAUUCCAGAUCAUGUGAAGACAUUGAUGAAUGUAAAGAAACGCCAGGAAUUUGUCGUGAUCGAAACGAUAUUUGCACAAACUUAAGGGGAAGUCAUCGAUGCAUUCCAAUCAAUUGUCCUUACGGUUACAUGCGUGAUCCAGAUCGGAAGCAUCGUUGUAAGAGAAUCAGCAUGCUAUGUGACCACGAUGACUAUGAUUGCUUCCGUAAACCAACAUCAUAUUCGUUCAACUUUAUCUCGAUGGUGCCAAACAUGACGGUGCCAUUACAAGGAACUGGUUUGUUUAAUCUUCAAACAACAGUUUGGAGUCAAGAUCUUGACUUUGAUCUUAAGAUUGAUCACAUCCAUGCACCACCAAGUGUUGAGAAAGUAACAGAACAUUAUUUCAGUCUUAAGAAAGUUCCACAAGGCGUUACAUUAUUGCUGAUGCAACCACUUGAUGGACCACAAGACAUCGAAUUACAACUCACGAUGAAUGUUUACACUACAAAUCGUCAGCCAUCAGGAUCGAGUGUUGCAAAGAUUUUCCUUCUCGUCUCGGAGUUUCCAUUUUAAUCUGAAAAUCUAAACAAGAAAAGAGAGAAAAAAUCUCCAAAAAUUAUGAUCUGCUUCUUGUAGUUUGUUUCCUUUUCUUAUUCAAUAUUGAAGCGAAAGCCUUUCCUAAUGCAAAGUUCCAUUGCCAAAACAUGCCUUGAGAAUAAAAUUAAAUUACCAUAAAGAAAAAUAA